AGCAGGAGCGGAGGGGCGCCCGGCCGGCUGCGGUCGGUGCGGAGGCUGAGCCGGCCGCGGGCGCGACUGGAGGCAGUUUCUGUUACUAUGGCAAUGACGGCAGGGACUACAACAACCUUUCCUAUGAGCAACCAUACCCGGGAAAGAGUGACUGUAGCCAAGCUCACAUUGGAAAAUUUUUACAGCAAUCUAAUUUUACAGCAUGAAGAAAGAGAAACCAGGCAGAAGAAAUUAGAAGUGGCCAUGGAAGAAGAAGGAUUAGCAGAUGAAGAGAAAAAAUUACGCCGAUCACAACAUGCUCGCAAGGAAACAGAGUUUUUACGGCUCAAGAGGACCAGGCUUGGCUUGGAUGACUUUGAGUCUCUGAAAGUUAUAGGAAGAGGAGCUUUUGGAGAGGUACGGCUGGUCCAAAAAAAAGAUACAGGACAUAUCUAUGCAAUGAAGAUAUUGAGAAAGGCUGAUAUGCUUGAAAAAGAACAGGUGGCACAUAUCCGAGCAGAAAGAGAUAUUUUGGUGGAAGCAGAUGGUGCCUGGGUGGUGAAGAUGUUUUACAGUUUUCAGGAUAAGAGGAACCUUUAUCUCAUCAUGGAAUUUCUACCUGGAGGUGACAUGAUGACAUUGUUAAUGAAGAAGGAUACCUUGACAGAAGAGGAAACACAGUUCUACAUUUCAGAGACUGUUCUGGCAAUAGAUGCAAUCCACCAGUUGGGCUUCAUCCAUCGGGAUAUCAAGCCAGACAACCUCUUAUUGGAUGCCAAGGGACAUGUAAAAUUAUCUGAUUUUGGUUUAUGCACGGGGUUAAAGAAAGCUCACAGGACUGAAUUCUACAGAAAUCUUACACACAACCCACCAAGUGACUUCUCAUUUCAGAACAUGAACUCAAAGAGGAAAGCGGAAACAUGGAAGAAAAACAGGAGACAACUGGCAUAUUCCACAGUUGGGACACCAGAUUACAUUGCUCCAGAAGUCUUUAUGCAGACUGGUUACAACAAGUUGUGUGACUGGUGGUCUUUGGGAGUGAUUAUGUAUGAAAUGUUAAUAGGCUAUCCACCUUUCUGCUCCGAAACGCCUCAAGAAACAUACAGAAAAGUGAUGAAUUGGAAAGAAACUCUAGUAUUUCCUCCAGAAGUACCUAUUUCUGAGAAAGCCAAGGAUUUAAUUCUCAGAUUUUGUACUGAUUCUGAAAAUAGAAUUGGGAAUAGUGGAGUAGAAGAAAUAAAAAGUCACCCCUUUUUUGAAGGCGUAGACUGGGGGCAUAUAAGGGAAAGGCCAGCAGCAAUCCCUAUAGAAAUCAAGAGCAUUGAUGACACUUCAAAUUUUGAUGACUUCCCUGAAUCUGAUAUCUUACAACCAGUGCCAAAUACCACAGAACCAGACUAUAAAUCCAAAGACUGGGUCUUUCUCAAUUAUACCUACAAAAGGUUUGAAGGGUUGACUCAGCGUGGCUCUAUCCCCACCUACAUGAAAGCUGGGAAAUUAUGAAUGAAGAUCACAGUCACCCAUAACCAAGAGAACUCAGGUAGCUGCAUCACCAGGCUUGCUUGGCAUAGGUAACAAGACACUGAAAUACCCUGAAGAUGGUGGUGCUUAUUGACUACAAGAGGAAAUUCUACAGGAUUAGGAUUUCUAAGACUACUACAGGAAUUGGUUGGCAGUGCCAGCUGGCUUUUUUUUUUUAAUAUUUUAUUGAUUUUGUUAACUUUAUUAUACGAAGGUACUGGAAUAAAAGGAACGUACAUCCCUUUGUAACUGCACUGCCUACAUGCGUAUUAAGGUCCAUUCUGCCUGUGUGUGCUUUGGCUUUGAACUGUAACACCUCUAAUCAAUUCAGGAGAAAUACAUAUCAUUUAAAGCAGCAUAGGCUAACCUGUAGGUAACACUGCAGUAUUGCUGACUCACUGCAAAUCUUAUGGGUCUAGAAAAUCAGUAAAAGCCAUCUUCCAUAGUUAGAACAUUUGCCCUAUUGGUUUGGACAUCUGUAGAAUAUAUAUGAAGACAAUUUCUAUAAUGGUUUUAAGAAAUUUAAAAAGAGAUACACUGGUUCUUUAAAAAUAGAAUUUUAUCAUCAAGUUAUUACACAAACUCCACUGUAGGGAGUGACAAGUUUCUAAUAAGGAAAAGGAAGUUUUAAUACUUUCACUCAAGAACUCCACUAAGAUAUUUACUUUGUGGUCAGAAAUACUGAUGACCUUUAUAUACGUAGUCUGUAUAUUCAUAGGGAGAUGUACUGUAUUAUACAAAAUGUAAAGUUGCUUUUUUUGUGACAAGAGGACUUCUUUUUUUAACAAGAAGACAUGGCAUUAUUUUAAUUUGAUUAUGGUGAGUUGAAUUUCAGAAAUGACYGUAAAGGCUGCUUGUAGAACCUAGCGUAUUUUUAUUAAACUAUUUUUUUAAAUGUCAGACUUCUGAUUAUGUAAAUGGACUUAUAAAGAACAAAGAGCAAUUUACUUUGGUUUUAUAGAAAGUUGUUACAUAUCAUGGCUAGUUACCUUUUAUUUCUUUUGAUCAAAUUUUUUCCUUUGAUAGUACUUGUAUUAUUGUGCCAUUAUUUUCUUAUGCUCCUCCAAAUGUACCAAAGAUCCUAAACAGAGUGGAUGCUCACAGCGGAAUAGAAUUUUACUUUCCUAUGGGAAUGCUGUAUUCAGACAUGAAAGAUCUCUCUCUGAUGGAGGUCAGCUUAUUUGAGGGCAGCACUAUUUGGGUUGAGCUGCACCACUCUGGUUAAUACCAAUAGAAAUAAGGAAGUAAAUGCAGGCCAAGAGAUUGUUAUUAGAGGAAGAGAGCAAAUGUCAGCAUCAAAUUCUUUGGGUAUUUCUCUAAGAAUUAAAUAAUCUUUUCUUGCUCAAUAUUUUAGUUCUAAAAUGACUAUCCCAAGGUUUUGGUUUCAUAUGUACUAGUUGAAGAUAAUACUUUAUUAAAGAAUGGCCUAAUGUUUAUCAUAACUGUUAAUUGAUAGAAUUAUAAAUGAAUGAUCUGUGAUCAAAAUCUAAAGUGAUGAUUUAUUUGUAGGAUGUCUUUCCUAAAGGGAAAGAAUUACAUAGGAGCAUUAUACAAAUCUACAAAAACUGAUGACUGUUGCUAAGUAAGUCCCAAUGUUUCAGUAAGGCCAUCCUGAUGUGUCCCCCUCCUUUGGUUUGUUUCUUUAUUUUUAAGCAUUUGUUGAGUACUUUUUAUGUGUUCAUCUAGUAGUUCAUCUCCAUUUUUCUAGUUAGAUCAUGUGACUGAAUAUUUAGGAGAGAAAAUUGUGAAAACUCUGGAGUUAUCUCAAUUUAACUGAUUUUUCUAACUGCCUUUAAUUUAAAAAAGAAAAAAAAAAUCUUUAACUCUUGCUGGGGUUCGUGAGAUUUUCUCUCUCCAACACAUUCCCUUUUAAAAGGGAUUUUAAUCAGCAAAGAUCCCUAGCUACUUGACAUAUUCUCUCUUUGAAUUGUUAAAAUUUAGAACAUUUACAGUGACAAUUUGCUGCAACCAUGAUUAUUUCCUGUUUUCUUUAUUUAAAUUUCACAUUUUCUUUUUAAAAAGGACUGUUUUGCUAGUGUGCUAAUGAAUAGUUAAGACACAAAGAAACUGCAAUAGUCUGUAGUUUAAGUAUCAUAACUAUGCUAGAACAGAAAGAAUACCACUAAUUCAAGUUGACUGAGAGACUGCAAUCAAUAUAAGGAGCAUAUAAGAACAGAGCAUUUUAGUUUUAUUUCCUUCAUUAUUAUCAGAAACAACUUAGAAAUAGUUACGAUUUCUUGGCAUUAGAAGGGACAUUUUGGAAAGUUUGCUUUGUUUAGAGCCUCAUUCUUUGCUGGAGUUAAUAGAGUGGUUCACAUCUUUAGGGAUUUCUCCUCAUCAGAAGCGGUUCAUAAGUGCCUCUCUUAAAGCAAUUAAAGAUUGUGUCUGCCCUCUGGAAGCUACGAAUUUGAUUCAUGAUGCAAAUUAGCUAGAUAAUUUGCAAAGUACCCUUGAGAUUGAAUUUUCUCUAUUAUACAUUUCCCAAACUUCAGGUGAAUCAUUUAAUUUAAAUAACAGAACCCUAUCUAAUCAACUGCACAUAAUGACAUUUUCUUUAAAUUAGACUCUAUUUUGAAUUAAAAGAAUUUUAUUAUAAAUUGUGUGCUUUUGGUUUUUAAGUAUAUAGAAAGCUUGUAUAAUUCAGAUUUUUCGGUUUCCUGAUUUAAUGUAGACAUUGACUUUUUUAUUAAACCUUUGUAUUAAAUCAAAUUAUGAUAUUUUUCUUUUACGAAUUUAUUAUAUUAACAUGGCUUUAAUUCUUUAACUGUAUUAAAGCAUUGUGUUGUCUGAAAAUAAGGAAUCCACUUUCAAAUCAGCCACUUCUAAAAUGGAAUAUAUAGUUGAUCUAAGAAGCUAGUUAGCUUAAUGGAAAGUACCAAAUGUGGACUAUAUAAAAUGUUCUUCGCUAAGGCUUCAGAUAGGGUUUCACUUAUUUCCAUAAUAGCAUCAUACUUCAAUGUUUUGUGUUUUUUUUUAAACACCUGCAUAUCUUUAUGUAAAUCGAAGUUUUAAAAUAUUUUAAGUACAUUUAUUUUUGAUGUUUUAGUGUAGAAAAGCUUUAGACAAUUAGUCUCAACUGGUAGGAGAAACAAAUAUCUUUUGAUGGUCUGCAAAUAAAUUAAUUGAGGUUUUAAUCAGUAAAGAUCCCGAGCUACUAGAAACAUUCUUUGAAUUGUAAAAAUUCAGAACAUUCAAAAUGACUGUUUUGCUGCAUCCAUGAUUAUUUCCUGUUUUCUUUAUUUAAAAUUUAUUUUCUCUUUAGAAGUGCACUUAUUUCUGAAAAAUCUUAA